GCAUACCAUUGGUGUGAUGCUUUCUAUUUGCAUACCUGCCAACGUAACUUGCAUUUGGGUUCGUGCUUUAUCCUUUGUUGACGUGUUAAAGCACGCUUACUACCGGUAGUAAAGCCUUUUAACCGAAAAUGCGUGGCUUUCCAUGCCGACGGAGCAUCUUUCUGGCCGCCCUUGCUGUCCUCCUCAUCGCAGCAUCAGAGGUGCAAACGGCUAGCGGCGCUGCGAAGAAGCCCCCGGGCCCGAGCAGGAAGCAUCACGUCGUAACCGUUGUCAAUGCGACAGCUGCACACGACCUUUGGCUCCUAAAGAACACCACCUUUCUGGACGUGCGCACGGAAAAGCUGUACAACACCAGCCACAUCCCCCGUGCCGUACACAUCACCGCCAAGCUGGUCCACCAGGCGCUCAAGACCGGCAGCCCCGCGCCCCCCUCCGUCAAGAAGGACAUCUUGUGCUACGAGGCCGGCACCAACAAGGCAGUGCUGGCGUGCAGGGCCUUCGCAAGCAGCGCCAAGUACACGGGCGUGCGGGUCUAUGCGCUGAAGAACGGGUUUGCGACGUGGGGGGCGGCGGGGUACCCGAUGGAGCCGUGAGGUGGGUGGGCCCUGACGAAAAUGCUACCGGUAUCGGCUGCGAUGCUCAAAGGAGUCGUGGGGUGUGGGUGGGAGUGAAGGGGAUGAGUGAGGCUUGUGGGGGAGGGUUUGGGGGCGUUGCCUGUAGGGCUCCUAGGAGGCUUCUUGUUCGUGAUCGGUAGAAGUUAAGGUGUGCUGUGUGAAGGGACGGUGACCAAGGCCUUUCGGUGGCGUGUUUCAGUUGACCCACUUGCCACAACACCGUCCUGGAUCUGGGGCUGCGUGCGAUCUUGCUUUUUCGACAGAUUGCCGACCACGCUAGAUAGGCGCCAUCCUACAUACUACGUUUCGAAGCGCUGUAAGAGGCGCUCUGGAUGGUUACUGCUAGUGAAGUUCGUACCGUUAGUGGCGUAAUGUGGUGUGCUGAUGUCCAGGUCAGCGCACGAGUUGCCACGUCAGCAAAGUUUGUUGCUUUCUAGCCGGGCGCUGCUGGGCGUUGAUGGUUGUUAGCGGUGACAAGGCUUGGUGGGGGCGGCCCUGGUGGCCCCUUUGCACGGGGCACUAGGGCGCCGUUGAUUGCAGGGUGGUGUUGUAGCUACCCCGAGUCGACCCGGUAGGCACCUGUAGAGUAGAUAAUGUAAGAUGGCCAGGUAAGAGGGGAUUUCUGGGGACGAUGCCUCCAUGGUAGGAGUGUGGAGGAGCUGCAAUGUGGUGUUAAGAUGCGAGGAUGGUGGGAAGUGGACAUCGGACGUUCGCUAUCGCCUCUGCAAUAUAUCCCAUCAGUACCCUACUCAUUAUUCACGCGAACGAGAACAGUGGAGAGGGAGAUUAGUAAUGCUCGUGUUCAUUUGUGGUGGCGUACGGGAACCACAGGAUUAAGUGGUCCUUAGUAAUCAGGCCCUAACUCAUAAUGGAAAAGCUUCCAUUCUUUGCUUUUGCCUGUCUUACUAUUAGACCCUAUUAAACGACUACUUUUAUACUGAUUGCACUGUAUUUGGGCAUACCUGGCAAAGAACAAUAGCAAGCAUGUUGCGUCAACUCGCCCAGCGUCUACCACGCGUGUCAUCUGGCCUAAAGUCAAACAUCACAAACACAUGUAUAAAGUCAAGCUAUGGAACAGAAGCUAGCACUUCUUCUUCGCCAGUCUAUGUUGUGUUUGGCGCUUACGGCGGUAUCGGCUCUGAGCUGUGCGCCCGCCUAGCUCGCCAGCCGGGCGCCAGGAUGGUGCUUGCGGGGCGAGAUGCCGCAAAGCUGGAGGAGCUUCGAAACCGGCUUGGCGGGGGUGCGGAGAGUACGGCAGUUGUGGCGGAUGUGCUAGAUCCCAAGCAGGUGGAUGACGUCAUCGGUCGGGCCGCUGAGCUGUACGGGCGGGUGGACGGUGUGGCCAACUGCGUGGGCUCCAUCCUGCUCAAGAGCGCGCACGCCACCAGCGACGAGGAAUUCGCACGCACGCUGCAGCUCAACCUCACAUCCUGUUUCUACGUGCUAAGGUCCUCCGUGAAGCGCAUGAUGGGCGGCGGCGGCGGCUCCAUCGCGCUGUGCUCCUCCGCGGUUGCACGACACGGGGUACCCAACCAUGAGGCCAUCGCGGCGGCCAAGGCGGGAGUCGUGGGCCUGAUGCUCAGCGCCGCAGCCACCUACGCGCCCAAGAACAUCCGAGUCAACUGCGUGGCGCCCGGCCUCACGCGCACCCCGCUGGCUGCCCGCAUCACCGGCAGCCCCGCCGCCCUCAAGGCCUCGGAGGCCAUGCACCCCCUGAAGCGGGUGGGCGAGGCGCGCGAGGUGGCGGCCGCACUUGAGUUCCUGCUGAGUCCGGAGCAGGGGUUCAUCACGGGGCAGGUGCUGGGGGUGGAUGGCGGGUUGGGGUCGAUUAAGGCGCAGUGAGGGGGAAAAGAAGGAUGAGAGGGAAACCGAACCGUUAGCGAUGGAAAAGGAAGUGAGCGGGGAGGUGGUGAGGAGGGUACGGUGGACGGGGAAGCAUGUGUGUCAGAGAGGACAAGGAGAGGGGAAAGGCAAGAGGAGCGGCGCGGGAUAUCAUAAUACUAGGGUGGCAAUGAGGGGUAGGUAGGAGGUGCGAGCCCUUCCUCAUGUGAAGGCCGAAUGGGGGAAAGGACGAAUGGAGGACGAGUUGCGUGACGGACGGAGGGAGUGCGUCCUGAGCAGGGGGUUCCGCCCGGCGUUGUACAGUACAGGGGCGUCUGUUGUGUUAAUUGGUUGCAAGGUUGGAGGAGUGCGGUGGAAGAGGGUAGUAGACACCUUGUUGCCAGCAGGUUGCUGCCGCACCCUCUUUACACGCUUCUAGUGUGCGAUGGGUGGACUCGGCGUGUGGGUGGUUAUCAGCACGAGCAGCAGCACACCGUAGCAAGACUGCAAGGCGCUGCACACCUUCGUUCAGGAUCGGGGUGUACUUUAAAAAUUUCUGUUGUGAAGCACAAC